AUGGGUAAACGAGGUCGUAAACCAAUGAAGAGCGAUUCGAAUACACGAUUGGAAAAAAGUCGCGAAAGUGCACGACAAUGUCGUCACAGAAAGAAACUCCGUUAUGAAUAUCUCGAAGAACUUGUUGGUGAUCGAGAAAAAGCGAUUAUACAGUUACAACAAGAAUUAGAACGUAUUCGCACGAUUUGUCAAUAUUUGGAUCAAAAUGGUGUUAAUAAUGAAGAAAUACGCCAAGAAUUAAUACAGUGGAGUGAUGAUCCUGAUGUUACCAAUUUAAUGAAAUAA